GUCAUCACCUCGUCCUUCGCCGCGGUCAUGGAUGUUAACCGAAAAGCUCCACCACGCUUCACCUACACGGCCUCAGACUGGAAUCCCCUCUCAUACGCAGUGUCCACUGCGAAAGAAACCAGCGCCGUCGUCGCAUACCGCGGUUCCAAGAAGUUCGCCGAACUGGAAGCUUGGAACUUCGUCAAAGAGCGCAAACCUCACUUCGACAUCGUCACUCUCUGUCCGCCAAUGACCUUUGGACCAAUCUGCCAUCCUGUCUCCAAGCUCUCUGAGCUAAACGAAUCGAAUGCCAACCUAUGGAAGGUCGCGAGCGGGAAAGCGUUGUCUGUAGCCCGGGUGCCGUUCUGGGUAGAUGUGCGUGAUCUUGCGGUUGUGCAUGUCGAAGCGCUAUUGAGGUCGGAAGUAGGCGGCAAGAGGUAUACGGUUGCGAGUCCGGAGAAGUUCUCGUACGGGCUAGUCAGAGAGAUCAUCGAAGAGGAGUUUCCUUGGGGUAAGGAAAGGGUGGCGAGAGGAGAGCAGCAGGAGAUUGAUGAUAGUCACGAUUUGGAUGGGGACACGGCGGCGAGGGAGUUGGGAGUGGUGUACCGGUCGUUUAGGGAGACGAUCAAAGACUUCAUCAAUCAGGCCGUGGCUAUGGAAGAGCGGGCAAAGCAGGUGUAAGGGCUUCGACGAGAUUGCUGGUCUUACCUUGAACGAAGUGGGCGUGGUCUGCGUAAUGGUAUGAGAUGUAUCAAGCCCUAAGGGGAGAGGCGCCGGGACCAUAGGGAG